AGUUUGGGAGUUAUAUACGUCGAGUAUCCAAAAAAACAAGAUAUCGAGAAUAAAUCGGGUGUUAGAAAAGCAAAUAGCGUGGGAGUGAGAAAAAGAAUAUGCGAAAUGAAAGAAGCAAAUUAGAGCAAAUGUGGAAAGAGGUAGGAAAGAAAUUUGAAAGGAAGAGACAGUUUAAAAGAAUGGAAUUGAGGGAUAGACGAAGAAAAUCUUGUAAACAAAAUGUAAGAGAAUAGAAUGAUUAGUAAAAAUGAACUAAAAGACGACAAAAAACACCUCUUUCUUUUAAAAGUAUUUCCAAGUAAUACAUUGGGUACAAUUUGUUCUUUUUAAAGAUACAAAAAAUGAGAGGGAAUGAGAGAGAGAGAGAGAAAAAGAGAACAGAUGAAUGAAAAUAUAUAUAUAUAUAUAUAGAAAGAGAGAGAAAGAAAGAGAGAUGGACAGAUAGAAAGAUAAAGAAUAAUAGGAUAUAAGAAACAUUUUCCUAUAAACUUUUAAUAACAUAAUUAAUGAUACUGGAAAUUUAAUUACUAUAAUGCCUACGAUUGUUAAACGUGUAGCAGUUCUCAAAACGAAAAUACAUUGUUACUAGCCAUAGCAAAAAUCCCACAAAUUUUUCCUUAAUAAGCAUAAAAAACAGAAAAUAGGCCAUUUUUUCUGUUUACCGCUCACGUGAUAAAUACUUUUAUUUAUUUUAGAAGCAGUUUCGAUACUAAAAUCGAACCUUCCGCUUAAAUUUUGAUAUUAUUUUUUUCUGAUCAGCAAUGUAUCAACCACAAGGUCAUACAAGGCCAUCUUGUUGGGUUAGGUCGAAUAAUGGAUCCAUCCCCCCAAAUGCCGUUGUAGCUGGAAAUGAUACUAGCGGAGAGACACUUUUUGUUGGAAGGGCGUGGUAUAAUCAAGUUAGCAACUUUCUCCCGGGUAAGAUUGUACCUUCCCAUGGCGUUUGCUAUGUUCCGUUUGGAGGAAAAGAGAUUGGGAUUAGUGAAUACGAAGUACUUACUCAAAGUCCACAUGUUAUUUAUGAUUGGAUAUCUGCUGAAAAUGGGCAAAUACCUGCUGGUGCAAUAAUUGGGAAUAGAAAAGAGAAUGGAAAAAACGAUUUCAUUGGAAGAGUUUUUCAUCAAGGAGGAAAAAUUCCUGGCAAAAUUCAUGUAGACCACAAAUGCCUUUAUUAUUCGUAUGCUGGAAAGGAAUUAUCAUCAAAAGUUUAUGAAGUUUUAGUUUGUAGAAUGAUCGAUGUUUAG